UUUGUCGUCUGUGGUUGCGUCAAAAAUAAAUUAAAUAACCUCUCGUUUUUCGUAUGUAUGAAUUUUUAACUAGUUUGUAUAUGUUUUUAACGGUAAAAUCACAGUAAAGUAAAACUGCGGUAAAAUGAUUUAUUCAUAAGUAAUAGGGUCAGGCUGCCUUUUGUGUUGUAAAAUAGCAAACUUUAAAGAGACCAAUGUAAGAUAACUUAUCGUAUAUAAGUACUUUUUACAAAGUUCAGUAAGUAAACUAUUGCUUGAGGUUUAUUUAGAUAUCUUAAAAUGAAAAUUGUCACAGCUGUAGCCCCAGUAAAUAUCGCUGUGAUAAAAUAUUGGGGUAAACGAGACGAGAAACUAAUACUUCCGAUUAAUGAUUCACUAAGUGCUACACUCAGUACUGAUGUUAUGUGUGCUAAAACAACUAUCCUUACCAGCCCCGAUCUUAAAGAAAACAAAUUUUGGCUAAACGGUAAAGAACAAUCAUUUGAUAAUGUCCGAUUGAAAAAUUGUUUAACAGAGAGUAAGUUGAACUAUAAUAAAUAUAUAUUUGCUUUAAUUUUAAUUAUUUUUUUAGUUAAAAAACGAUGUAAUAGUACACUUCCUUAUAUAAAUUGGAAAAUUGCUAUUUGUUCUGAAAAUAACUUCCCAACAGCAGCAGGUUUAGCUUCUUCUGCAGCUGGGUAUGCCUGCUUAGUGUACGCUUUGGCAGCUCUCUACGAAAUUGAUGGAGAAAUCUCUGAUAUCGCAAGAUUGGGUUCAGGAAGUGCUUGUAGAAGUGUAUAUGGGGGAUGGGUCAGGUGGCAAAAAGGUAUUUUAUCAUCUGGUGAAGAUUCUAUAGCAAGACCUAUAGCUUCGGCAUCACAUUGGCCAGAAAUGAGGGUGCUAGUACUGGUUGUGAAUGAUAACCAAAAGAAAUAUGGUUCAACCAUUGGAAUGAACCAUUCUGUUGAAACUUCCACUUUAAUUCGUUAUAGAUCUGAAAGUGUUAUACCACAAAGAAUUGAAGAAAUAAAUAAAGCUAUACUGGAGAGAAACUUUCACAAAUUUGCUGAGAUUACAAUGAAGGAUUCUAAUCAGUUUCAUGCAAUUUGCUUGGAUACAUAUCCUCCUUGCAUCUAUAUGAAUGAUGUGUCUCAUGCUAUAGUAAAUUUAGUUCACCAUUAUAACACUUAUAAAGAAGAGAAUAAGGUCGCUUAUACAUUUGAUGCAGGACCAAAUGCAUGUAUUUACUUACUAGAAUCUGUUUUACAAGAAUUUCUAAGUAUAGUUAAUUAUAUAUUUCCAAAACCAAUGGACAUUAAGGCUAAUGAUUACUUUAAGGGCCUCCCUUUAGACCAAACUAUAAUUAAAAAGGAAUUAAUGGAUGAUUUAAACUUAACACAGAACAAUGAAGGAGUAUUAAAAUACCUUAUUUGUACUAAAGUAGGGGAAGGUCCUAGAUUACUUACUAGUUCCAAUGAGCAUUUAUUACAAGAAAAUGGCCUACCAAAAUAGUAUUUUAUUAUAGGGUUGUUAAAGGUUAUGAUUAUGAAGAUACUUUAUACAUUUUAUAAAUAAAUUCCUUAUUUAUUUUUCGGAAAUUAAUAUUUAUUACAUAUUUAUCUAAUAUACAUUUAACACUUAAAAAAAGUCUGCUUACUCUUAUGAAUCUUCA